CGGUUCGAACGCAGAUUCGAGUUUUUUUCCUUCCGAAUAAGAAUCGUCGCAUAACGACCAUAAUGUUCAGCUGGUCUAAAAGAGAAGGGAAGAAAGACCCAGAUCUUUUCCAAAACGUAUCGGAGGGACUGAAGCGCCUCUACCGCACCAAACUCUUUCCUUUAGAGGACUCCUAUCAUUUCCACGACUUCCAUUCACCGGCUUUAGAAGAUGCUGACUUUGAUAACAAGCCCAUGGUGCUGCUGGUGGGACAGUACUCGACCGGGAAAACCACCUUCAUUAGGCAUUUAAUGGAGCAGGAUUUCCCCGGGAUGAGAAUAGGCCCCGAGCCGACGACGGAUUCCUUCAUAGCGGUUAUGCACGGUGAACAGGAAGGCAUGAUACCUGGUAAUGCGCUGGUUGUCGAUCCAAAAAAGCCUUUCCGAAAACUCAACGCCUUUGGUAACGCUUUCCUCAAUAGGUUCAUGUGUGCUCAGUUAAACAACCCCGUCUUGGAGAGCAUCAGUAUCAUCGAUACUCCAGGCAUCCUGUCAGGGGAGAAACAAAGGAUCAGCAGAGGCUAUGACUUUGCAGCAGUUCUUGAGUGGUUCGCCGAACGAGUGGACAGAAUCAUCCUGCUCUUCGAUGCCCACAAGCUGGACAUCUCUGAUGAGUUCUCAGAGGUGAUCAAGGCCCUGAAAAACCACGAGGACAAGAUGCGUGUGGUUCUGAACAAAGCUGACCAGAUCAGCACCCAGCAGCUGAUGAGGGUGUAUGGUGCCCUCAUGUGGUCACUGGGGAAGAUCAUAAACACCCCCGAGGUGGUCAGAGUGUAUAUCGGCUCAUUUUGGGCUCAGCCACUUCUGAUCGCAGAUAACAGGAAGCUGUUUGAAGCGGAGGAGAAGGACCUCUUCAGCGACAUUCAAAGUCUUCCCAGGAAUGCAGCCCUACGGAAGCUCAAUGAUCUGAUCAAAAGAGCACGUCUCGCUAAGGUACAUGCUUACAUUAUCAGUUCUCUGAAGAAAGAGAUGCCUAGUGUAUUUGGCAAAGACUCAAAAAAGAAAGAGCUUAUUACCAACCUGGGUGCAAUCUAUGAAAAGAUUCAGAAAGAGCACAACAUUUCACCAGGAGACUUUCCUAACCUAAAGAAAAUGCAGGAGUUGCUAGCUGCUCAGGACUUCACCAAAUUUCCUGUCAUGAAGCCAAAAUUAAUGGAGUCAGUGGAAGACAUGCUAGGUAAUGACAUUGCUAAGCUCAUGACGCUGGUCCGUAAGGAGGAGGCCGCCAUGCCCAGCCAGUCAGUGAAGGGUGGUGCGUUUGAGGGAACCAUGAACGGGCCGUUUGGUCACGGAUAUGGAGAAGGUGCAGGGGAAGGCAUUGAUGAGCUGGAGUGGAUCGUGGGCCGUGAUAAGCCAUCCUAUGACGAAAUAUUCUACACCCUCUCGCCAAUUAAUGGUAAGGUAUCUGGUGCCACGGCUAAGAAGGAGUUGGUGAAGUCCAAGCUGCCAAACACAGUGCUCGGAAAGAUUUGGACUCUGGCAGAUGUUGACAAAGAUGGCUACCUGGACGAUGAAGAGUUUGCGCUGGCGAAUCACCUGAUCAAGGUAAAGCUAGAGGGGCAUGAGCUUCCAGCUAAACUGCCCGCUCACCUCGUGCCACCUUCCAAACGGGCGGAGCAGAAUUGAAGAGCCGGCUUGAGUUGAUUGGAUCUCAGUGGCUCUCAGCUACAUUCCAAAUUGCCCAAGCCAUAUCUUCUAGCUUUUUUGGCCAUUCAGUUAACUAACUUGUCAUCAGGAACUGGAUUUCUGUCUUAAACAUAGAUUUGUAGGAAGGGUUAUAAAUCAAAAAUGCUUGGCUUCGAAUGAUAGGACUGAGAGAUCCAACCAAGAAGAACUUAUGUGCCAGUGAGAGACUUUUUCUUUCUUCUUCUUAAUUUUUAAUAUGGCUUAGAAAUGGAGAAACCACUAUGAGCACAGAAAGAAAUUAAAUUGAUUGCAAAACUUCUAUGGUACUGUUGUGUUUAAUGGACAUUGGAUUGAGGCCGUAAAGCAGCAGGCAAAGAGGAUGUUAAGGGGGCUCUUUAAAGAAACAAAAAUGUGAAAAAUAUUCCAUAUAUGAUAUAUCCAAACAUAAUUGCUGUUUUUUGGGGGUUUUUUUUGCAAAACGUCCUUAACUUAUUCUUUUUCUUUAAAGCUAUUAUAUCUGUAUUUUGUAUUUUCAAAUUUGAAAAUUGAAUACUGUUUUCUGAUUUAAUAUCUCUAAACUAUAUCCGUAUACGUAAUCUGUAAUUUUGAGGCUGUAUCUUUAUUUUCUAUUGGGAUUAUGUGAUCUGAAACCCUCACCUUCAUUUGAAUGCAGCAAUUUCAUUGACCAAUAAAAGAGUUUAUUUGUAAA